AUGCCUUUCGCAACCGAACCGAUGCGCAGGUAUCGUUUGCCCUUUAUUCAUUUAGUUCAGAGAACAUUUCGUGAAAUAUUCUUCCUUAAAGAAUUUGGCAAUCAUCCUAAUAUUGUGAAGUUACAUGGUAUUUUCAAAUCACAUAACAAAAAUGACAUCUAUUUGGUUUUUGAGUUUAUGGGUUUGUUGUUAGCCUUUAUAAUUCAUUUGCUCCAAGAGACGGAUUUGCACAAUGUGAUUAAACGUGGGAACAUUCUUUACCCAGUACACAAGCAAUUUGUUAUGUACCAGCUGCUCAAAGCCCUCUGUUAUCUUCAUUCCGCUGAGGUUAUCCAUCGGGACCUGAAACCCUCAAAUGUGUUGAUCGACUCCAAUUGCUGCGUAAAACUCUGCGACUUUGGCCUAGCACGCUCUUUAGCGUCGCGGGCCUUGUCCGAGAAGCCACAAGAGGAAUGUCAGCAAAACAUGGCCCCUCCUUUGACCGAGUAUGUGGCCACUCGUUGGUAUCGAGCGCCGGAGAUACUUCUCGCUUGUGGGCACUACACUAAAGGCGUCGAUCUAUGGUCUCUUGGAUGCAUUCUAGGGGAAAUGCUACUUGGUAGACCGCUUUUCCCUGGCUCCUCGACUAUCAACCAAAUAGAACGGAUUAUCGCUGGCCUUCCUACUCCCCCCUCGAGACAGGACACUGAGAGCAUAAGGAGUCCAUACAGUUCACAUAUUCUCUCACGGGCAAGUAUAAAGCAACGCAAACCGAUAACCAUGAUGCUACCGUUGACUGCAGAUAAGAGUGGUGUCGAACUAAUGACACUAUUUCUUCAGUUCAAUCCUCAGAAACGAGCGAGUGUAUGUGAAGCCCUUGAACAUGAGUAUGUUAAGAGAUUCAGAAAUUCAACUGAACAUUUAAUGAAGAUGUCUGCGCCCUUAAGAACCCCUGUAGAUGACGACGUCCAACUCUCAAUCCGUGAGUACCGAAAACGUCUCUAUCAGAUGGCUGCUGAGAAUUCAAGAGAAUUUAAUGGAAAUAGCCAGAGCCAAGGACAGAAGAAGAGGAUGUCUGACCAUAAAAAUUUGCAUAAAAAUUCUCGUAACAUUUCCCCUUCCAAUGACACUGCGAAUUUCGGUCAAGUUGCUGAGAAGAAUCUUCCACCUAUUCAGAAAUCGGACAGCCCUGAAAAGUCGAAAUCCGUCGGUAACACAAAUCAUACUGUUGUUGAGGUCAGUGUAGGUGGAGAUAGCCCACCCCGCGAGAGCCCAGACGUACCAAAUACCGCGUCUACGCCUGAGUCGGUCAUGACUGACCCAAAUCAGUGUUUCUCAAACGCGGAUCUGAAAAGGCAGCCAACCUCCGUGGGUGUUUCAAAUCCCAUCUUACAAAACGAGGAUCGAAGUAAAACAGCACUAAUCUCAAAAGAAACUUUUCGGACCAUUCAACCAUCUGCAGCUGCAUUUCAGUGCACUGCUCCAACACCAGAGGUGACUCAGUCCAAUCAAUUCGAUCAUACUUCCGGCAAGACCAAACCCCGAUCUGAUUGUUUGUCCACAACAUCAACACUCAUGGAGAGAUUCAGCGAAAGCAGGAACGACCAGUUUACCACAAAGCAGUCAACUUUAACGUCUUUGCCGCCAUCCUACUUUUCUCACUAUACACUUCCACCAAUUCAAAGGAGUAAAAAACUCAUCACGCCUUCAAUUACCUCGCAGCAAAAGGCACCAAGCGCUAGUAUUCAUGCCAGUCCGGUAGCUACGAGACUUCGAGUGCCUUUACCAACCACAUUAGUCCAGCCUGAGGAUGGCCUCUACAAAAAAUCGGUCUACAUUACAAACACAAAGACAAGAGUGGCCUGUCCUGUUGGGCAAUUUGGUGGUUUCUACGGGCCAGGAAUCAAACUUCGACACCCUUUGCACCCACAUCUCCAGUCAUCUCCUGCCCACCGAAGCCGGGACCUCCAAAUAGCUGCAAUGAAGCCGAAUUUGGCAGAGGCUACGAGAGUGAUUGGGACUUGGAAGCACUGA